UGUGGUGGAAAAGGUGAGGGGAUAGGGUGUGACGUCACAUGCCUACCUGAGUUUCGGUGAGCAAGAGGGCGGGGCCAACGAUCAGAAAAACACCAACUCGCAAGGUGUCAUUUUCUUUAAAGUCACUAUUAACCACCGACCUCGUUGAUUUGAUCCUUUCCCCCUUCCUGGAGACAAAAUUCUGACUGUAGAACGGAUCGAUAGUGUACGCUAACCUUCGGAUUCCCGCUGCUUUUUGGGCACUAAAGGAGCCCUUUCGACUUCCUGCUUGCAGACAGUGGCAGAAUGUCGGUCACUCCGCGACGCGUCCGCCUAAAGCCAUGGUUGGUGGCCCAGGUGGACACCGGUCGCUACCCGGGGCUGAUGUGGAUCGACCGGGACGCCAUGCGAUUCAGGAUCCCGUGGAAGCAUGCUACAAGACACACGCCUCAGCAUGAAGAGGAGAACACCAUUUUUAAGGCAUGGGCAGUGGAGACCGGGAAAUUCCAGGAGGGAGUUGAUGAACCUGAUCCUGCAAAGUGGAAAGCUCAGCUCCGAUGUGCCCUCAACAAAAGCCGGGAAUUCAACCUCUUCUACGAUGGCACCAAGGAGAUCCCCAUGAACCCCCUGAAGAUAUAUGACGUGUGUGACAUCCCCCCGCCUCCCAGCACCACAGGAUCGUCAGAUGCCGGUUCUUGGACUCCGUACGAAGACGAGGGCGAGGGCGGGGACGAUGACGUUCCGGACACUCCCGAGUCCCUCCCUCCGUACCCCAUAGGCAGCAGUCCCUCCCCUCACAUCAUGUGGUCUCCGUCCGGCUCCGAGUCGUCCAACCAGCCCCAGAGCUGCCCUCCUUCGGUGGAGGGCUGGAUGCCCAAGGAGGAGCCCUCCCACGUGUGGCCCAAAGAGGAGCCCGUGGACGUGGAGAUGCAGCCCAUCCCCCUGCUGGAGUUGACCCCCGCCCCGCCCCAGAACCCCAUCAUGCUGCCGCACUCCAUGCCCGACGCCAUGUUCGCCUCCCCGGAGAUGUGGAUCAGCUCGCUGCCAAUGACGGACCUGGAGGUGCAGUUCCUGUACCGCGGGAAGGAGGUCAGCCCCCUGCUGAUGGUGAGCAACCCCCAGGGGUGCCGGCUGUUCUACGGGGACCUGGGCCCCAUGGUGAACCAGGAGGAGCUGUUUGGCCCCGUGAGCUUGGAGCAGCUGCGCUUCCCCACCACGGAGCACAUCACCAACGACAAGCAGCGCGUCUUCACCAACCGCCUGCUCGACGUCAUGGACCGCGGGCUGAUCCUGGAGGUCAGCGGCCACGACAUCUACGCCGUGCGACUCUGCCAGUGCAAGGUGUACUGGUCGGGCCCCUGCGCCCCCAACCCCAACGCCCCUAACCUCAUAGAGCGCCAGCGGAAGGUGAAGCUGUUCUGCCUGGAGUCUUUUCUCAGUGGUGUCAUAGCACACCAGCGUGGCCAGACAUCCAUCCCCCCCGACUUUGACAUCAACCUGUGCUUUGGAGAGGAGUGGCCCGACGGCAGGCCCAAAGAGCGUAAACUCAUCAUGGUUCAGAUCAUUCCGGUGGUGGCCCGCAUGAUCAGCGAGAUGUUCUCCGGCGACAGCACGCGGUCCUUCGACAGCGGCAGCGUGCGCCUGCAGAUCUCCAUCCCCGACAUCAAGGACAACAUAGUGACCCACCUGAAGCAGCUCUACUGCCUGCUCCUCAACCACCAGGGCCAGGAGGGCUGGCCCGCGCAGCAGGGCCAGAACCAGCACCUCAUCUCGGCCCUGCAGGGCCAGUGAGCCUACCCCCUCCCAGACACGGGUGCCCGUACCGCAGGGGGAAACCAGCCCCUAGUAAACAGACAUAAGUACUACUUGUAUAUUUAGAGAUAUCUGUAAUAUUUUUAACUUCUUUGAAGAAAUUAUUUUUUAGCUUCUUUGACGGAAUCCUUCUACUUCUCCUGGAGACGGUAAAACUCGUAGUGUUUUACUCGCUCAAGUAGUGCCGAGCGAGAAACUGUGUGUGCUGCACAGUGUGUUUGCGUGAGAACUCGCUUCAUUGGGACACAGUCUUUCUUCGUUCAAGGGAACACUUGUACAUUUAACCUAGUUAAUGAGUUACAGACUUAACCCUCUGGCAUAUUUAUACAAAUGGGUCAGUGGCUUGUGAAGCCGCUCACCACCUACGAAACCUGUGCCUGUUACCUAGGAAACUAGGCAGUGUUCCCUAGUCUUAUCUUACCAGCUUUUAAUAUGUGGCGCGUUUCCUGAAAUAAGUGUGCCGAGUUGUAAACGUGAAAUGGCAACUAAUUAUGGGUCUUUGGUUCUGCAGUGACGGUCCGGUCUCAUGCCAUAGCUGUUUGUCAUACAUUUCUUCCUCAGGCUAAUCGGCCAACUUUCUUUCCAACACUGACUUUACUGGAAAUACCUGUUCUUACAGUUAUACUUUUGCUUGAAAUUGGAUUUUCUUUGUUGUGCUGCUUAUCAUUUUGUAUUCGUAAGUCUCUUUUCUUUCAGGCACAUGUACUAUUUAGCCUAUUGGAAUUUAUACUGUCAAUCUCAAACAAAUGUCAGGUAAAUAAAUCGUUUUAUAACUGGUAGAAUGUCGGCACUUUUAAUCUUGUGUUAUUUUGGUUAAUAAAAAAAAAACCACAACAAAAUGUUUAAUGUUUUUA